AUGAGCGUGCAGAUCCUUUUGACGUUUUUAUUUUAUUUUUCAGCUCAUAAAUCUACAAGGCAGAUAUUUGACAUUGUAGUAUCACCGUCACUAAUUCUACUUCACGUUCUGAACGUUCUUCAAUCGACCUACAACAAUAUAUCAUCUACAACAGAACUAUAUCAUCCGCUAAAAGAUGGUGAGAUCAGAGUUCUUGGAAUAGAGCCGGGCACCUUCGACGAUCCUAUUCACUGUACUUUAUCUCCAUGUCUACUUGAUGACAAUCCUACAUACCAAGCACUUUCCUAUACUUGGGGAGAUCCAUCAAUUCGUGCUCCGAUCAUAGUCGAUGGCCAUGUAUUUAUGGCGACCACAAACUUAGAAAGCGCAUUGAGAUAUCUUCGAGAUACCGAAGUCCCUCGCGUUCUAUGGGUCGACGCAGUUUGUAUUAACCAAGAAGAUGUUCCAGAGCGGGGUAUUCAGGUACAACAAAUGCGUCGCAUUUAUAAGGACGCUAAAGAUGUGAUAAUAUGGCUUGGUCCGCCAAAACUUUCAAACAGAGGAAUGUGGGAUGAUGAGCGUCCUCAUGUGGAAACUGAGAGUGCUGUUUCUAGCACUUCGAACCAUUUUGCUGCCUUGAAAUUACUCGCUGGUUGGUUUCAAAGCGUGGAACGUGGCGAAACGGAAUCGCCUCACCUAGAUUUGGAGAACAAAAAUAAGUGGCGAGACGCAUUGAAAUGCGAGUUCUGGACACCAUUGAAAAAUUCUUACUGGUGCAGAUUAUGGAUUAUCCAAGAAGUUGCUCUUGCGAAGAAUCCCAUUGUUCAUUGUGGCUCGCAUUUAAUCUCAUUUGAUGAUUUGAUUUUCGCCAUUCGUUAUGCUUCGUCUUGUGGAACUCAUUAUGCUGUGGCAAGUGGCGAAGAUCACUGGAUUAAUGAAUAUUCAUAUGGUAUCAAGGGACUUGUUCAUUCUAGAGUCAAUGUUGUUACAAAUAAGUCACUUGUACUCAGUGACGUUUUGGAAAUAAUUGGCCCUCACAUCUCAGUCACAGAUCCUCGCGACAGGAUCUAUGAGCUGCUUGGACUUGCAGAUAGUUGCGAUAUCAUACCAGACUACACAUUAUCGAAAACCCAGGUCUACACUCAAGCUGCGAAGCAUCUACUUAGUAGUGGCGAUUUUAAUUAUCUGGGCGUCUUCAGCGGAGAUCAAGAUACCUCCAGCAAUGACUCACAGUCCUGGGCCACAGAUUUAGAUAUCAUAUCAAAGCAUUCUUUUGGGGUUAGACCGCUUACAAUAUACGACAACGAUGCAUAUUGCUACAAAGCUGCAACCAAUCUGACCCCAGAUUUGAGAUUUCAUGACAAUGAUCGCGUUAUGAGCGCCAGAGGUGUGCUAGUAAGUGAUAUCGACACAUGCGGUCAAGUCAUGGACGCAAAUACGCACUCGCAUUUCGAAAUUCUAAGUCAGUGGGAGGAUAUUAUGGUCCGAAGAUUCCGAUGCGACCAUCUAGCAACAUCUGCACCAGCUGACUCUGGUACAAUUAUGGAUGUGUGGGAUUCUUGGAAGACAAGAAUCUGUAGCGCGAAUUCUUCAUGGCCAUAUCAUUUUGGACCGAUUUGCGAUAAAACUUUAGGUGGCUGGAGUGAGGGGACCUUAGAAACAGAUGAUUGGCAAACUUCUAUCUUGAAUUUACGUCAAGCGAGAGGAUCAAUGAAGCACCAGGAAUCUUACGUGGCAGGGGGUACUUUGACGGAAGCAUAUUGUCGCACCAUGCUAAUGAAUAAGGUUCUAUCUAAAUCAGAUACCCUUGAAAGGUUCCAAGACGAUCAUGUUCCCGAAUACAAUGAAGACAUGGGCAAGCCAACACCAACAGAAAUCGAGCGAAUGUCUGUGCUUCGGGAAAGUAGAAUGUUUGACAAGUAUCUUGAAGAAGCGAUCAGAAACCGGAGGCUCUUUAUCACUUCAAAGGGACAUAUUGGAUUGGGACACCAACAGGUAGAGAAGGGCGAUAGCCUGUGCGUUUUGUACGGGUCACCUGUACCUUAUAUUUUGAGACCACAUGGUGAUUAUUGGACUGUGGUAGGUCAAUGUUACGCACAUGGUCUUAUGAACGGAGAGAUUGGGAAGGCUUUGGAGUGUAGGGAAGUGACCUCCCAAAUUUUUGAGAUUAGAUGA